UGUACGUGGCUCGUUUAUGGCAUGAGCACAGACGUGAAGUACAUACACCACAGAUAACAGAGCAUUUCCAACUUACAGACAUGUAUGUCUAUGGUCAAUUAUGUCUUGUAUGGAGCCCUCUAUGACAUCAUUAAUAUUAGCCAAUCAGCAACCGCGAUGCCUGCCUGCCCCCAAAUCCAUCUAAUGAGAUCACUGGAUUUUUUACAUCGUUGGCUCGUCACAAAAAAAUUGUUGCUGAUCAAUAAUCUCGUCGUAAACAGUUAAGAAACACAAGUCAUGUAUGUGUUGUUAUAGAUGUUUGAAGAAUUGUGUGUGACGAAAAUAAAACAUACGUCCAAUGAAACGUUAAUUUUCGUUUAGUAAUUGAAGUAGUAAAUAUCAAACAACUCGCAUCCAUAAAAUGUAUUAUUAGACCAACAUGUGGAAUAUGUUGGCCAACACUCGAAAUUAAAGUAGCGGAGACAGUGUGCAGCACGAUGUAGUUCUUUUCUAGCAGAAAGUCACAUGGGCUGAGCUAAGUGGUGAGGAACGGAAAAUAGAUGCAGUGCUUCAAUAGCCAUGUUAGAAUGCUAUGAAAUCAGAGUGAGACCUUCAUGAUGUAUUUAAAUGAAGCCAAAGACCUGCUGAUAUACAACACUGGAAGUGUAAACAGAGCAGGAGGAGGAGCAUUCAGUGAAUUCAAGAGUAAAAAUCUUAUCUACUGCUCUGAUAAAAAUUCCAAGAGAGCAGCCUGUGACAGUAUGCCAGAUGGUUUGUUGUUGGGUUCCACAAUCACAGGCUGGAGAUUUUGGAGUUUCCACUUGCAUGUCACAGCAUUGCACCUGGUGUGACCGGUUCUUAUCCUGUUCAGUGUUGUCACUUCUCUUCUGAUCAAACCCAGUAGACUGGCAGAUGGAUCUUGAACACCUUGAUGUUGUUAUGUUGCCGCAUUUCGUCUCUUGUACCACUCUUCUUUAAGGUUUUGUUUCAUCUAAAGCAUGGGCAGCAGUCACUUGCAUGUAGUUUGGGACAAUCAUAUCUCCAAUUUGCAAACAGUUCUCUACGAAUUCUACAAUCGUCAUAGCUUAGCUGACGUCACAAUAUCAUGCAAGGAUGGUACUUUAAAAGCACACAAAAUAAUUUUAUCUGCCUGCAGCCCGUACUUUGAGACUGUUUUUCAGGAAAACCCGUGUGAACAUCCUGUUGUUAUACUAAAAGAAAUAUCAUGUUAUGAGAUGCAAAUAUUACUUCAGCUUAUGUACCGUGGGUCCACUGAUGUUCCAGAAGAAGAUAUUUCUGAUAUCAUACAAACAGCAAAUGAACUUAAGGUAAAGGGAUUUGUUCAAGCUGCAGUGAAGAAUGUUACAGAAGACACAGACAGACUAGAAAAUGAUUCUGGAAUGGAUCAGCAUAAUUCAUCUACCAUGUUGCCCACUAAUGAUGAUCAUGAGUAUCAGGAUGAAUCUGACUUACAUGUUCUGAAAGACACAAGACAGAAUGGAGAAAAUUAUGGUUUAGAGGAUGAUGUGGAAGGCAGCAAUAGGCUUGUGGACACAAAUGACCAGGUUGACAACUCUACAAGUGAGGUGGAUCAGGAAAUAAUGGUAUCUUCACCAUAUUCAGUGGCAGAACUGAAAUGUAAAUCCAUGAAGCGCCAUCGGAGGAAAAAUGGUUUGAAAACUCGCAGAAAGGCUGUAGAGUUUCAAGAUUCUCUGUCAUGGAGUUCAGAAGAUGAAAAGAUGCUUUGUGAUAGACAAAGAUCGAGACUGCCAAGCAAAAAUGAUGACUCUACUUUAAAUGCUUUAAAUGAUGUUGAUACUUCAUUGCAACCACAGUCAAAUUUUACUGAUAAAUCAGCUAUGAAAGAAUUGCGCUGUAAAUCUGUUGAUGACAAAUUUAUUCAUACAAUCCCUGAGAUCCAAAUAAAAGAAGAACAGCUAGGCGCAGUGGAUUAUAGAGUGAUGUCAAUACACAGUGAUACAAGGAAUUAUAAGGAUACCUAUAAGGUGAAACAGAGUGUUUGUGACAAUCCUGUCAGUACCUAUCUCUCAUGCAGUGAUAUUUCUGAUGUUUCAACAUUAAUAAGGAGAAGUGAGAUUGCAGCAAAGCCACAUGAAUGUGAAUACUGUGGUUUAUCAUUCAGUCGUGCAUCUCACCUUGCCAGACAUCGCCGUGUCCAUACUGGAGAAAGACCAUUUAUUUGUGUUUUGUGCCAACGAAAGUUUACUCGUCAAGAUAAACUUAGGCUGCAUGUGAUGAAAUACCAUGCUUUGGAUAUAAAAGAUAGGAAAUAUCAGAGUUACAUAUUAACACAAAAGGUUUCCAGUGGUGCAAAUAAUGCAGUAACAGAAGAUGAACUGCGAGAAGUAGGAAGGGGAGAGUCAUCACUUCCAUUUGGAGAUACCAGCUAUUUAUCAUCACUUUCAUUUGGACAGCAGAAACAUACUGACUCAACAGUCAGUGCAGCAGAAACUUUGGACUCAAAUACAGAUGAACUGUUAUAUUCUGUAAGACAACUUGGGGAGUGUACUAUCCAGGCAGUGUCUAAACAGGAAGUUAAUUCUUAAUGCAUACUGUACUCUGAACUUUUCAUGUAUUAAAUGUGAAUGUGACAGUUAAUACCAAAGAUGAUAGUGAUAGUGAAAGAUGUGAUUUUCUUUUCAUUUGGUCAUGGUUUAUUUAUUUUUUUAAUUUUAUUUGGCCUUUGGCAGUGUAACACUAUUUAGGCAUGUGGUUAUGGUUUGUCUUUAUUUCCUUUUUACUGCUUCAUUAUUAGCUUUGUGUGUGUGUGUGUGUGUGUGUGUGUGUGUGUGUGUGUGUGUGUCCCGAGACUGUCCAUUUAUCAGUACACUGAACUCAAAUUUUGGAGGAGUGGAGUCAAAUUCCCAUCUUACCAUCUAGCUGUAAGUUCUGCAUGAUUCCAUUGUUCCAUCUUAGCUUGUAUCCCAUCUCUAAUGAUCUCAUCAUCUUCAACCUGUUAUACCUUAGCCUUCUUUCCUUCUGCUUGUAUCUGCUCUGUAAUGCUUUUUCCAUGAAGUAUUGUGACAAGAGGAGGUAUCAAAAACUAAAGGAAGUUAAUGAAGGUUUCGCAGAAGAUGUGUAAUCAAUACAUACAGGAAUGUAAACAAUUUGGCAGUGUAUGAAAUAUGGUGGUGGUUUUAAAAAUGAAAAGUGAUUUAGAUAAGGAAAACAUGGACACUCACAGGUGCCAUCAGCUCUAGUUGCAUUGAUGGACUUUUAGAGAGAAAGUCUGCAGACCAUUAGAAAGUUAGCAAUUUAAGCAGUAGCCUCAGUGCUGUGACUGGUGAAACAGAUGCCAUUAUUAGUAGUUUAUUUUUAUUGUGUAUUUUAUAAAUCUUGGGUUAUGAUAUGUUUUCACAUACUAAGCAUUGUUCCCAUGCAGAUUCAGUGAUUAUAACUCAUACAAGGGUUACCCCCCCCCCCCCCUCCCCCCACCUAAAAAAUGAAAAAAAUAGGAACUAGUUUUUACAAGUUAUAUAUUUUCAAAUUACUUACAAAACAACCUUCUCCCCUUCAAAAUACUCCUCUCCAUUACAACUAAUAGAUUUGUCCUACCGAUCCUUCCUCUAUCCAAAACAUUUUUGUAGUAAUCUUUAGAAAUGGCUGGCAGCUCCUCUCUGGUUUUUUCUUGACUUCUUCAGUGUUAGCAAAUUGGUGUCCUCCCAUCCCCUUUUAAUGUGUGGAAAUAAGAAAAAGUCGCACAGAGCCAGGUAAGGCGAGUAACGUGCAUAUGGGGUCUUUUUUGAUGAACCAUAACACCAUGACUCAUUACCAGUAAUGACCUUUGACAGAAAAUCUGAAUCAGUUUCAAGCUGUUGUUUCCAAGCAUGACAUGUUUCAACUCUACAUUUGUUUUGAUUGCCAGUCAGAAUCUAAGGAAUUAACUUGGCAGCGACCUUUUUCAUUCCCAAAUCUUCCAUUAAAAUGGGCUGAACCGACCUCCGAAAUAGCCCACUAAUCUCUGACAGUUGGUCAUUGUCUGUCGAUGGUCUGUGAGCACAAGCUCUUGAACUUUUUUAAUGUUUCUGGUGAUUUGGGCAGUUGACGGACGUCCAGAAUGAGGUUUGUCAUCAAUCAACAUGUUGCCAUUUAUAAAUUGAGCAACCACUUUUACACUUGAGUUUUCAGUAGCCUCAUUUUGGUAAGCUGUUUCCUACAAUAAAACAGUUUCAGCAGCAUUUUGACCGAGUAGAAAAAAAAUUUCACAGCUGCGUGUUGUUCACUUAAACUUGCCAUUAUAAAAAAUGAAACAAGAAUGAAACAGUGUUAGCAAAAACAAUCACUGCAGGUGAACAGAACAAGCGAGGUUGACAACACGGGGGCACUGAACUGGCAAUGAGUUGCACAAUACACACCUAGUGGCAGAAAUACAUUCUACACAAGCUCCACUAGUCUGUUUUUUGGGUACCCCCAAGUAUGUCAAGAAACCCUUCUGGCCAGCACAGUCAGUUAAUAUUUUUCUAUUACCAACCAGCAUGGCCUUGUCACUUCCUUCUUAUACGGGUAGCCUAACGGGCACAAGUGUAGCAGGCAGUCUGUGUGUUGGAUAAUACAACUGUAAAACAGUGUGUCUGAACCACCUGCUGGGAAAUUGUACCUCUACAAAUUGGUUUUAUAUCACUUGCAUAUUUGCAUUUACAUUCUUUUAGCAGAUGAUGCUCUCUCAAAAUUGUCAUCUGUCAGCAGUUUUCAAGUAGGGGUAAAAUUUUAGUUCUCCAGUUCAUUAUUUCAUUUUGUCAAGAACCAUUCUUCCUUUGUUCCCUUCAUUGAUUUCAUGUUACUCAGGGUAUAAGAAUAGUCUCAUGUAUUCAGACUGAAAAGUGUCCACGAAAUUUCACAGUAACUGUACAAAACGGUCUGCAUUGCGUUUCUGAUAUAAUCUUUGCUUCAUCCAAGUACUGUACCUCUGCAUCAUAACAUUAAAGUAAGACAUUUGCUAUGACACAAAACUAUUGUGCCUUGGAAAGCUUAGGUAUUAUGUCUGCUAAGGUGUACUCUUUUCUUUCUUACUUAUAAGGAAACUAUAAUUUGUUAAUAUGCCAUAGUUAAACAUAACAUAAACUGCAAAUUGAUAUAUUGUAACUUUUGAGAAAAAUACUACUAAUUUAGUAUUGUCUUAUUCAUUUGUGUUACUUCUUUAUAAAAGAUACUCAUUUCUUUAAGGCAUAUAAAGGUUUGUCUUGCUGUGUUUUAAUGUUGACUUUUGUAAAUUGUGGAUUCCUUUCCUUGGAUUCUAGAUGAAUGUUUUACACUAAUAAAUUAACUGCAAAAG